GUGUUUUACUUGCUCGGCCAACUGUCAGUUUUCCUCUGUUUCUCCAUUUGUGUGCUGAAGCAGUCAAGUUACCCUCGAGCUAUAUCUACUAUACCUUCUAAAUUUCAGGUGGUGGCUCUAUUGCUCUAGUCUUGAAUUAGGUGAGAAAUUCUUGUUUUAUGAGUUUCUUGUACCUUGUGCAGCGACUAUGGUACAUGUGAUAAAGAACUUACCUACUUUGGCAGUUUAUUUAGAUGGAAAUGAGAGGAACAAUCGAUUUUGUUAUUCAAGAAGGGCUAAAUUAAGAUACCCACGUGAGAUAUUCGCUCUUUAUACUGGAAAAGUGAAAGGGUGUUUUAGUUUUAAUGGUUCUAAUUUAGUGUAUGUUUCUGAAAAAUGCACUAUGUUUGGAUUUGCACAGCUAAAGUUGCCAGCAGUUUUAUUUAGCUUCAAGGAAGUGAAUAACCUGUGCAGCAUAGCUCUGAAUGUCCCUUAUGAACUUGAAUCCGUGAGUGAUGGAGAGAGUGAGGGUUCCGAUGUCCAAAACGGAAAUUCAACCAAUGAUGUAUAUAAUCUGGAAUUGUCUCGUAAGGACUGUUUGACGAAUUCAAAUAUUGGAAAUCUUGCUACGAACCAACCUUCAAGUUUUCUUGAAGAAACUAAAAAUUCGGUUGAGGAUGGGAUUAUGUACUUAGAAGAGACAAAUGAGGAGGUAUUAUCAAAAAGGAUCUUGAAGCUCAGCAGGCAAAAUAAACCCAAAAGUGCAUUGGCGAUAUACAAGUCGAUGACUUUUUCAGGUCUUAAACCUGAUUUACAUGCAUGUAAUUCUCUUCUUUCAAGUCUCUUGAGGAAUGGAAUGCUUGAUAUUGCUUUAAAGAUCUUCAACUCCAUGAAGGCUAGUGAGCUAACAACUGGCCACACGUAUAGCUUGAUUCUGAAGGCAGUUGCUGAUGCUGGGGGUUGUGACGCAGCAAUGAACAUGUUCAGUGAAUUGAUAAGCAGUAAGAAUCUUAGAGAAAAAAUUGACAUUGUUGUAUACAACACGAUGAUAUCCAUUUUUGCAAAAGCAAACAGCUGGUAUCAGGCACAAAAGAUCUGGAACAUUUUGACGGAUAAUGGUCAAGUUGGAACAAUAGUCACUUACCGUCUACUAGUUUGCACGUUUGUUCGUUGUGGUCAGAAUGAAUUAGCUAUUGAUGCAUACAGUGAGAUGAUUCGAAAUGGAUUGAGCCCAGAAGGUGAUACAAUGCAUGCUAUUAUUGGAGCAUACAGUAGGGAGGGUAAGUAUGACUGUGCAUUGAACGUCUUACAAUAUAUGUUGGACAACGAGCUGAAGCCAAAUGAAAGAGCAUGCAACGCUGUGAUCAAUUCACUUGGAAAAGCUGGCAAAGUCAAGCUUUCCUUUGAAGUUUAUGAGUUGAUGAAAUCACUAGGUCAUGCACCUGAUGCGUACACAUGGAAUUCAUUGCUCAAUGCCUUAAACAGGGCAAAUCGAUAUUCAGAGGCACUCCAGCUCUUUGAGAGAAUCAGGAAUCUUCAAAGUGUCAUUUUGAAUGUGCAUAUAUACAAUACUAUUUUGACAUCGUGCCACAGACUUGGGUUGUGGGACAAAGCUGUACAGAUACUGUGGCAGAUGGAGGCUUCCGAAAUCCCCGUUUCAACUGCAUCCUAUAAUCAAGUAAUUGGAGCUUGUGAGGUAGCGAGAAGGCCCAAGGUUGCAUUACAAGUUUAUUACCGCAUGGUUCGCCAAAAACAUUCUCCUGACAUAUUUACUCUAUUGUCGUUGAUGAGAGUUUGCAUCUGGGGUUCUCUCUGGAAUGAAGCAGUGGAAAUACUAAAACUUUCUGAACCAAAUGGAUCACUUUACAAUGCUGCUAUUCAGGGGAUGUUUUUAACAGGAAAAAUUGAUUUGGCUAAGAAGCUGUACAUGGAAAUGCGUGAGCGAGGCCUUCAACCCGAUGGCAAGACACGGGCUAUGAUGCUGCAAAACUUACCAAAGCAUUCCAUGAGAAAUAGAAGGCGUAAUGUGCAAAAAUAUUAAUUUUGACAUGAAUAAGAUAUAAUAUUGCUGAUCUUAUCAUAUAAAGAUUAGCCAGAAGGCAAAUAGAGUCAAUGAGGUGCAGCAGAUGCUACUACCUGAGGUGAUACAAAAAUAGACAUAGCCGCGCAGAAGGGCAACAAGACCUAAUGAGGUGCUACUGAUCUAAUGAAUUGGUUCUUCUUACGUCUGCAAACAAAUUGUUCUUGCUAAAUUUCCUUUUCCAGAAGUGCCAACUGACAGAUUUUACUUCAGUCAUGUUAGUGUGCGUUGACAUUGCACCUUUAUGCCUACCGAUAUCAGAGUACAUGUGAAGUAGAGUUAAGGUGGACUCUCCUCGACUUACCAGCUUGCAUCUUUAGGCAGAACUAAUUUUUCCCCUUCAAGAUGAGGAGAACCACUGCCAAUCUUUUGUUUAAUUGUCUACAUGAAAAGUUGUUAAGGAAAUUUUCACAUCAAGGCAGCUUAGAAUCUGGAAAGCAGUUGUCCAAAAUCUUCGGUAGAUGUUCACCACUGUAGAGCAAAUGGUCCUUAUUAUUGCUUUCAUCUCCCAGCUUGUCUACAGUCGAUAGGGCACUGGGAGUUUCCGGCUGGUCUUGCUGAUUAUAAUGAUGACACUUGGGUUUGGACAACCUUAACCAGAAAGGGGACGGGAUCUGGGUGCGUUUGGACAGUCACUUGGAAAGCUUUCAGAUGCAGAAAUCUACAACCAUAAAUAUUAUUAGCCUUGUUGUAUGCUGUCUUUUCAAGCACACGGAGGAACAAGAUGGUCUUCUGAUGUUGACAAGCUUCGCGGAAGCACAUUGUCUUCAAGCCUAUUUUGCAUCUAUAGGAAACAUUUCAAGGAAAAGCUUUCUGUUACGGUGUAAUAACCAAAGCAUUGUAUGAAUGAUAAUCGGUAAUAAGAUUUAGCGUGUUAAA